AUCAUUUUUAAUUACAAGUGUCCACCGGUGAAACAAAAUCUUUCUCAGAUAACGUGAUCGAAACCGAGGUAGAUAGAAAUGAGUGGCCAUUGCUCCGCAGUUCACACCCCUAUGUAGCCUAUUUAAUGCACUCCUCCCCCCUCUCAUUUUUCCCCAUUAUCUUACUCUCUUGUCUUCUUCUUUACCGUUCUCAAUUCCACAUUAUCAGGGUUCUGUUUGCUUUUUUGGGCACAACUAGGAUGAGGAAGGGGCGGGCUAUAGGAGGGGCAAUGAGAAUGGAACUUAGUAAUUCAAAUUGGUGUAUGUUUCAACUUAGACAAGGCCGAAUUCUCCAUAUUAUGGCUCAAAACAGGAUGGGGAAUAAUGAUGGAUUUGACUAUGGUGCUUACACCUAUGACAAGCUUGAGAGGGAGCCAUACUGGCCAUCGGAAAAAUUGAGGAUAUCAAUCACUGGAGCGGGUGGUUUCAUUGGGUCUCACAUUGCUCGGCGUUUGAAAACUGAAGGGCACUAUGUUAUAGCUUCGGAUUGGAAGAAGAAUGAGCACAUGACUGAGGAUAUGUUUUGUAAUGAAUUCCAUCUUGUUGAUCUUAGGGUGAUGGACAAUUGUUUGACAGUGACUAAAGACGUCGAUCAUGUGUUUAACCUUGCUGCCGAUAUGGGUGGCAUGGGUUUCAUUCAGUCUAAUCACUCUGUUAUUAUGUAUAACAAUACUAUGAUCAGUUUCAAUAUGCUCGAGGCAGCUAGGAUUAACGGUGUCAAAAGGUUCUUCUAUGCCUCGAGUGCGUGCAUUUACCCUGAAUUCAAGCAGCUGGAAACUGCCAAUGUUAGUCUUAAGGAGGCUGAUGCUUGGCCAGCAGAGCCACAAGAUGCUUAUGGCUUGGAAAAGCUAGCUACUGAGGAGCUUUGCAAACAUUAUACCAAAGAUUUUGGAAUUGAAUGCAGAAUUGGAAGGUUCCACAACAUUUAUGGUCCUUUUGGCACCUGGAAAGGUGGUCGGGAGAAGGCUCCGGCCGCCUUCUGCAGGAAGGCGAUCACUUCUACUGAUAAGUUUGAGAUGUGGGGGGAUGGGUUGCAGACUCGAUCUUUCACAUUCAUUGAUGAAUGUGUGGAAGGUGUACUUCGAUUGACAAAGUCAGACUUCCGGGAGCCAGUGAACAUUGGGAGUGAUGAAAUGGUAAGCAUGAACGAAAUGGCCGAGAUUGUUUUAAGCUUCGAGGAUCAUAAUCUUCCGAUCCAUCAUAUUCCCGGUCCAGAGGGAGUUCGUGGCCGUAAUUCAGAUAACACAUUGAUCAAGGAGAAACUUGGCUGGGCUCCAACCAUGAGGUUAAAGGAUGGGCUAAGGAUUACGUACUUCUGGAUCAAAGAGCAGAUCGAAAAAGAGAAGUCUCAAGGCGUGGACCUGUCGAUUUAUGGAUCGUCUAAGGUGGUCACCACCCAAGCUCCGGUUCAGCUUGGUUCUUUACGUGCUGCCGAUGGCAAGGAAUGAUGCAAAUUUUUCUGCAGUUAAGCCAUCAUAUAUUAGGUUUUUUCCCAUUUUUAGUAGUGAUUCAUAUUUUCUUAAGUGUUCUUUAACAGAAUAAGGCCAUGCUCAGGCUAAUUAUUGCAGUAACAUCAUUUAAUAUUUUUUAUCAACACGAGUCAAAUUUGGUAAGACUAAUUUUAUGUACUCACUUAUGUGAA